GGUCGAAAUAUCACAGUCGCGAGCGUGGGGUCGCUGCAACGCGAUUUUUCAAUGAAAAUUUAGCAAAUCACAAAAAAACACGAGAAGUUAACAGAAAGAAACCGCGCCUAUACGCACAUACUCGACCUAGAGGGCUGCCAUGCGAGGCAGUGCUUGUGACGUGAAAUAAACAAGUGGGAAAAUACGCUCGAGUCUACGCAUAAUUACAUGUACAGUGGUGGCGAAAGUAUACAACUAGAGCGGUGUGUGAAAAAAACAAAGUAAAAAAAUAUGUGUUUUUUCUUCCGCAAAUAAGAAAGUGAGAAAAAGUAUAAAAAAUAUAUAUGUAUGUACAUAUACAGGCAGUGAAAAAUGUGCAUUCAAGUAACAAAAAAUAAUAUAUAAAAUGAAAAUUAGAGUAUAUAAAUAAAUAUGACUGUGAACUUGUGUUGGAAGUGUGACGAAAACUCAAAAGGAAUACACAAUAAGUACAAGAAGAAAAGCAACAAAGCGAAAAAUUUUUAAACCGCAUUCGGGAUAAGCGUACUAAGUAUCAAGACAGUUGUGCAAAUACAUAUAUAUACAGCAUAUGCGUCAGCAUAUGUAAAGUGCGGUUGCGGUGUAACUUUUCGCGUAUAACGGUAAAAUAACGCGUACAAAAGAACGAGUUCCGCACGCAAGUAGUUCUACAUACAUAAUACGAUUAUCAGUGAUUAUAUCCAGCAAGUACUAACGUACUACCUCAAAGAUGGCUUCUGUAUGCAGUCACUACAUUUGGCGAAUCAGUGUUAUAACGCUGGGCGCACUCUUCUUCACCGGCGGCGUUUAUCUGUUCGCACACUGGAUCGAUAUAUUCACGCGCCUGCGUGGUAAGGAAAUGGCUUUGAGUACCAAAUCACCGGCAUAUGCGGAUUGGAAAGUUUCACCAUUACCACUUAAUUUUGAUGUAUAUCUUUUCAAUUGGACAAAUCCGGAAGAUUUUUACGUUGGCUCUGGCAAGAAGCCACGUUUCGAAGAGUUGGGUCCAUAUCGGUUUCGUGAAAAACCAGAUAAAGUAGAUAUGGUUUGGCAUGAGCACAAUAACACGGUCUCAUAUCGGAAAUAUGCUGCGUUCUAUUUCGAUGAAGCGAAUAGUAAAGGCAAACUCACAGAUCGUGUUACCUCAGUGAAUACAGUGGCGCAUGGUGCCGCUUUACAAGCCAUUAAUGGUACAUUCUUUCAAAAGAGUAUAUUGAGAAAUGUUUUGAAAAUGUAUCGAGAAGAUGUUUCGAUUACAAAAACUGCCAAUGAGUGGAUAUUUGCCGGCUAUAGUGAUCCAUUAGUUACAAUGGGUAGUUUUGUAUCGAAAUUUGCACAAGAUAUUGUGGUGCCAUUCGAUCGCGUCGGCUGGUUGUAUACGCGCAACGACAGCUCUGUAUAUGACGGUCACUUCAAUAUACACACCGGCGCAGAUGAUCUGCGCAAAAUGGGACAAAUUUACGAAUGGAAUCACAAAACACAUACCGGCAUUUAUGAAGGAGAAUGUGGACGUGUUAGAGGCUCCAUGGGAGAAUUUUUCCCACCCAAUCUUGUGCCAUCGGAUUCAGUGGAAAUGUUUUUACAAAAUCUAUGUCGCGCCGUGCCUUUGGAUUAUAUUGAAACAGUGAAAAUUCACGGCAUCACCGCCUUCAAAUAUGCCGCUACCGAACGGGCGCUUGAUAAUGGUACACUCUAUCCGGAAAUGAAAUGUUUCUGCGUAAAUGGUAAAUGUGAAAAAUCUGGCGUCAUGAAUUUGGGACCCUGUCAAUAUAAUUCGCCAACGUACACAUCAUUUCCACACUUCUACAAAGCUGAUCCUAGUUAUUUGGACGCAAUCGAGGGACUCUCACCAGAUCCCACAAAACAUGAGUUCUUCAUGACGUUAGAGCCGAAUGGUGGUGUGCCCAUGGAUGUGGGUGGUGGUUUCCAGGCAAACUACCUUAUGUCACCCGUACCAGGAAUAGCUCCCUUCGACAAAAUACCGCGCACAUUUAUACCGCUCAUGUGGGCCGAAGAGCGCGUACGUGUUACACCGGAGAUUGCCAGCCAAAUCGCCUUAGUACCACUAAUAGUGACGCUGGGUCAAGUGGUGACCGGCAUUAUGUUUGCCAUCGGCACACUGCUCAUCUGUUGGUAUCCAACAAAAUAUAUGUCACAACUUUGCCGCGAUCCAAAGAGUAAAAAUGCGCUACUCAAACCAAUUGUCAACACCACAACGCGUUCGAUAGCGUUGACGCCGCAGAGAAAGCCACAAAGAGAGGGCGUGGCGCUGUUGGGCUACAACAAAAGCGGUGAAGUUGUACUAAACGAUAGUGUGUUGAGUGAAAGCUUAAUGCGUUCAUCAGCACCAGCUUGUGAUAUGAUAAGUAGAUAGUAUGUAUUAUGUACGAGUAUGUUAGUGGGAACCGUUUGUAGUAGUUUUCUAAUGUUAUUUUUUUUUUUUGAAAUGCUCCUUAUGUGAGCGCCUGCCAUUGUUUUGAAUGCAACUAGGAGUUAAAGCAAAUUUCUAAGUAUGUAACUCUACUUGCUAUGUAUGUUUGUAAAUAAUGAAAUGCAACCUCAUAAACAGUAAUUACCGUAAUAACAGUAGCAUAUUACAUUACAUUACAUUAUUCAUAUGUAAAGUUUAUAUAAAACAUGUCCAUGUAAUCAAAUGACAUUUAGUUUCAAGAAAAAAAUAUUUUUGUAGAAAAAAAAACAGCGCGAAAUGACAAGCUGGUGCAUGCAGCACAGAAACAUACAAGCGUAUUGUCUAUUGUAUUGCUAUUAUAAAUAAUUAUUGGCAUAUUUGCAUUAAAAAAUUCAGAACAUCAAAAAUCUAUUGUGACUAUACAUAAGUAUAUAGACACUGUUAAUUCAUAUAAAAAAAUAUUAAUUUAUUGGCAUUCGAAAUGAAGUUAUUUCAUUUAUCACUUUUCAUGCACCCUAAACACUUAAGCCUCAUGUCUUCAUAAAAUAAAAAAAAAUCAUAUACACACAUUUCUAAGUGUUAUAGUCACUCUCUUCUAUAGUUUUUAAGAUACCAAAAAUCAAUAAGUAUUUUUUUUUCUAUUUCGAACUCAAAUUGUGUGCGCUUUCUGGAAAUCAAAACAAACAAAAACAAAAAUUAUAAAUAAUAAUAUUUAAGUACAAAGCUGGUCUUUUAAAUAUUUUCAUGUUUCAUUACCGUUAAUGCGAGACUUGAAAAGUAAAAGCAUGUGAAAAUGUGAAAAAUAUGAAAAAUGGAACAGCAAAACGUGAUAAGGUGAAAGCUUUCCUGUAUAAGAAACCAAAUGAUGAAAUUAAUUUAUGUAAUAAAAUAUUUAUUACUUGAAUAAAUUGUAAAACGAAAAAGAUUAUAUAAUAAUAACAUUAA